GCGGAGGGGACGUCCAAGGGCGGGGAGACCGAGGAGCGGCGGGGACGCGUGUCGGACGGCGAGCGGAGGGAGGAAGGAAAGCUAGAUCACGCGCGUCGGGGGGCCACCAGGUGGCGACGCCAACGACCACGGGCGCCACGGCCGCGCCGGCAGCGAGAGGGUCGCGCCUGGUUUCGCGCGGCCUCACGGCGCCCAGGGAAGGACGCGUGGUGCGACGAGAGACGCGUGGAGGGAGUCUCGGUCUUCCCGCAGGGACAGUUUGGGGAAUCCGUUUUUCCCGUGACACUCGAAAAGAGCCCCCCCUUCUCCUCCUCUCUCUUCUCCGUCGUCUCUGUCAAAUCUCAAUUCCUGACGGUCGUCGUCUCCCGAUCUCGAUGUUGUUCGGACGGACAUGGCGCCGGGGAGGACAAUGUUGGGUUGUGAUUUGAAUCUUAACAUCGUACAGCGUCAUUCUUGGAGAAUGUAUUCGCGGUCGUAGGCUGGUGGCGAUCUCAGGGCUUCUUUGGUAGAUUUCUCGUGUUCCUCGCGAGCAAAGAUUGAACUUUGAAUUGAGACGUUGAUUUUAUCGAGCAACUCGUAGGCAGCGGGAGGCGGUGGCGGUGGUUGGUUCGUGAUGGAGAAAAAGGUAUCGGAUCGAAUGCACUGCUAUCCGAGAGAUUUCUUGAAGCGGUUCGGGAGCGGCGGCGGCGAGAUAGUGGUGGAGGGUAACAAGGGAGAGCUAUCGGAGGUGGAGCUCAGCCUCGGUCUGUCCAUGGGCGGGUGCUCCGCGCCCAAAGAUGGGUGCUUCCUCCGGUCCCCCUCCAUCGACUCUCUCUCCUCCUUAUUUUCCCACGGGAACGUCUUUCCCGCUGCAGCGGCCGCGGCCGCGGCCGCGGCUCCUCUCGCGAGGACUCUCUCGUUGCCGGCGGACGCCCAGGAGAAGAAGAAGCGGAAGGAGUUGCAAAGCCUCAAGAGGUCGGAGGCGAAGAGGAAGAGGUCGGAAAAGAGCGUUCCGAGUUCCAAGGAAGACCCAAAAGGUGACAUUUUGGCGGACGAUGAUCUGGACGCUAGCCAAAUUCCGUCUAACAGAGCCGUUCCCUCUCUUCUGCCGACGCCGCCGGCGAGGAGGGACCGAGCUCGAGUUCGUGAUGGAUCCAAAUGCUUCACGGCACCAGAGACUCAAGCGUCCUUUGAAUCUCAGGGAAGUAGCUAUUCCGGUGUCUACGACCUCGCUUGCAGAGGGAAGCAAGGAUUCAACAUAUUGGGAUCAAACAGUUCGUCGGAGGCUAAGAGUGCAUCCCCCGCAAUAGCAUUCUUCCCCCAGCAAAAGAAUCGUGCUCCGGCGAUCGAUCCUCCUCCGACCACCACGAGUCGUGCUGUCUCCGGCACUGAGAAUGAAUCGCGGAGGGCCAACCUGUUCGCGAAGGAAGCAGAGAGGGACAUGAUGAAGGAAAUGCCCUGUGUUUCCACCAGAGGAGGGCCUAAUUGCCGGAGGAUUGAAGGUUUCUUGUACAAGUACAGGAAAGGGGAGGAAGUGAGAAUUGUGUGCGUGUGCCAUGGCAGGUUCUUCACUCCUGCUGAGUUCGUCAAGCAUGCCGGUGGCGGCGAAGUGGCUCAUCCACUCAGGCACAUUGUGGUGAACCCGGCACCGACAUCGAUCCUCUGAUCGAUUGCUUUCAUUUUUCUCUACUUUUUAGCAGUGAACUUGAUCUUAGCAAGGUGUAGGAGAUCUGUUAACUUUUGUUGGCAAGUUGGCAUGAGCAAGCUUAAGGAUUGCACACUGUUUGAUCAGAAAUGUUUACAUAUGUGGAAUGAUGCAUGGUUCUUCAGUCUGAUA